AUGGACUCCCGGACCUGCCAGGAGAGGCAGCCCAGUGACCACCCCAGCAGCAGCAGCAGUAAUUGUAGCAGCGGCAAGAGUAAUUGUGAAAGGGAAAGGAUCCGGAGUCGGAUGAAAAUGGUGAUCGGGCAACUGGAAGGCAUCUUACAGGAGCUCAAGGAGGUGGCCAAGGAGCUCCGGGAGGUAGUGAGCCAGAUCGACCGGCUGACGUCCGACUUUGAGUUUGAGCUGGAGCCGGAUGACCGGGACACCAGAACCGCCAGCAGCACCUCCAGCAGUGAGAAGGGGGGAGGCGCCUUCGAGCUGGGACCCCUCGAUUUCGCCGCCUCCGACAUCCUUUCUGACAGCUGGGAAUUCUGCUCCUUCCUGGAUGCUUCCACCCCCUCUGACCCAGGCGAUGGUCCCGAGCCCCCCCGGCCGCAGCCCCCACCACCUCGCCAGCCCGAUUACCGGCUAAUGAACGGGGGGAUCCCUAUCACCAACGGUCCCCGGGGCGGUGGGACCCCAGAC